GUAACGGUGUCCGGCAGUCCACACAGACAGACCCUCUCUCUGUCCACUGUGCUUUUAUCCCUGCUUCCGUAUUGUGCCUGUCGUCACCGGCGGGUCGAAUGUGAUGCUCCUCAUAUUCCACCCUUCGACGAGGACAAUACGACAAGGAAGCUAGGAAAGCACCAAUCCCUCGAUCAGAGACAACGACAAGGCGGCACACUCACACUCACAUACAUACAUCGAUCAAUCAAGUCACCCUUUCAAAUCCUCACUGUAGGUCAUCUCACCGAAAUGACACACCACACAAACACCCCCACCCCAGUGUAGCUACAGCAGCCCACUCUUGGGUUUGGGCCUCUCGGGCGGCCUCAGCUGUCUGUCGCACCUGCAUUAGCACUCUCGCCCUUGUCGCCCUCAGCAGCAGCAGCAUCGGCCGGCGGUGUGUCGGCCGCUGCUGACGGCUCCUCUGCUGCCGUGCCCUCGCCCUCGCCCCCUCCGUCCUUGCCGUCGACCAGUGCCAGGUUGAUGGCGCGUGCCAGCUUAGUGGGCACCUGCUUGACCGACGUGGCCAGCCGUGUUGGGACCAUGUUGAUGAGCACAGCGAUCUUCUGGAUGAGCUCCAGCUUGGUGGGCAGCUUGCUGAUGGCGUCCACGCCCUCGGCGUCCAGCACGGUGCUGUCAAACGACCCGCCUUUGAUGACGUUGUGCUCCCGGAAGUCGGGCAUGCCCUUGCCGAACUGCUUGAGCGCCUCCAUGACGCCCUUGUAGUCCUCGUGUGUCACAAACACAUAGAGACUCUGCCCCGUCGCGCCGUUGGCGUAAUCCUCGAAGUCAGUCCCCUUGGCGGCCACACGCAGGAGGCGGUUCUUGACCGUGUGGAUCUUGGUGCCUUCAGGCAGAGACCGCCGCAGCUUCACGCGCUCGUUGGGGCCGAGCUUGCUCCCCUCCAGAGCGAACAGCAGGUUGGUGUCGCCCAGGAGGUCAGAGAACUUGUCGAUAGUCGCCUGCUUGCCCUCCUUUGUGGUUGCCGUGCCCUGGGCGCCGCCAUGCACACGAGUCCACAAGAGAUCUUCGCGAGAUGCCGGCCGCCUGAGGAAAGAUGGUGAGGGUGGGACGAAAGCAGAUGCAGCCAGGGGGUGGGUGCCAUGGGCGAGGAGGAGGGAGGACGCGACCAGGGUGCACAGCAGGGCAGUGCGGCAGGAUCCACUUGUUGGUGCAGAUCUUCUUGGUUGGUGUGGAGGGCAGGGAGAGGGGGCCUCUGCCUCCCUAUUCCGCUUCAUUCUCCAGACAGAGCCUUGCCGACGAAGUUGCC